GGGCCAGCGGCGAUCGGGGCGCUCGGGGCGCUCAGUCCGGUGCGCGCUGGCUGCGGCCGCCGCGCUCUCCGCCAUGGCCGGCCUGGGGCGGGCUCCGGCCCCGCGCGGCAUGAUGCCCGCCUGGAAGCGGGAGAUCCUGGAGCGGAGACGCGCCAAGCUGGCCGCUCUGGGGACGGCGCCGGCGGCCGAGCGGCCGGUGCUGGCAGAGAGUCUAGGUCCGCUGCGCGAGAACCCGUUCCUGCGGCUCGAGUCGGCGCGGCCGGCUCCGCCGCUGCUGGAGCUGUACCGCCGAGUGCCGGGCGUGCGCGCCAUCCGUGCCGACAACAUCCUUAUCAUCGAGUCGGCGCCCGGCUGCCCUCCCGCCGGUCCCCCUGCGCCCGCCGGCACCGCCCGCAUCCGCGCCGCGGAGGUGCUGGUGUACGAGGAGGUGCCGCCCGCCGGCCGCGUCAGCCGCCUGCUGGAGAAGUUCGAUCCUCCGACCGCGACGCGCCGCCGCGGAAGCCCGGAGCGCACCCGUGCCCCGAAGCCGGCCGCCCCGCGCGCUCCGCCGCCGCCUCCGCCGGCCGCCCCGCGCGCCCCGCCACCGCCGCCACCGGCCGCCCCGCGCGCCCCGCUGCCGCUACCACCGGCUGCCCCGCGCCUCAGCGAGCGCCCCGGUCGCUCGCCGCCCGCCGCGCGUCCCGGAGACGGGCUGGGCCCCGUCCACCCGCGCAGCGAGUUCCUGCAGAAGACGGGCAGCAACUCCUUCACCGUCCACCCGCGCGGCCUGCACCGAGCCACGGCGCCCGAACCCCGGCCGGCCGAGUGGAAGCCAAAGGCGGGGACACCGGCGCCUCCCGCCAGCCCCGGGACUCCGAGUGCCACCGCCACUGCGCCCAGCCCCGCCAGUGCCACUCCCAGCCAGCGCCAGUGGGUCGCGUCCGCCACCAGCGCCAACGACUCCUUCGAGAUCCUGCCGGCCCCCGCGCCGGACUGGAACGCUGUCCCCCCGGGCGACCUGCAGGCCCGGGCCCUGGCCAGCCUCCGCGCGAACUCCCGCAAUUCCUUCGUGUUUGUCCCCAAGCGCAAGGCUCCAGCGGCCGCUCCUCCCCAGGAGCCGCCCUGCGCGGAGCGGCCGCAGAGGGAGGUGGGCUGGGCCUCUCCGGGCCACCGGGAGCCUGGCGCCCAGCGGGCUGCUCUGGGAAGGAUUCCCUCGGAGCCCGAGGAGGAGGAGGAGGAGGAGGAGGGCGGCGGCCCCAGGCCAGGUGUCACGCUUACGGACGGCGGCGGUGAUGGCCGCUCUGGCAGGUGGUCGAGGCCCUCCUCACCCCCGGCCGCGGUGGUCGCAGAGCCCGCCGAGGGCCACCUGGCUCCUGGCCCAGCCAAGAAUGGCCAGGAGUCGGGGCUACCGGUCACCUUCAUUGAUGAUGUGGACUCAGAGGAGGACGAGGGCCCCCAGGACACCAGGCUGCCCCACCUGGGGCUCCCCAGGCCCUCUGCCGAUCUCCGGCACCGGGGCACCAACACCUUCGUGGUGGUGCCCAAGAGGAAGCCGGGUGUCCAGCAGGGGCCAAGCCCUGGUGAGCCUGGGCCGUUUGGGCCGGACGGGGCGCAGCAGGACGGGGCCGGAGGCUUGCUGAAGAAGCGCUACCCCACGGUGCACGAGAUUGAGGUGAUUGGCGGCUAUCUGGCCCUGCAGAAGUCCUGCCUCACCAAGGCCGGCUCCUCCAGGAAGAAGAUGAAGAUCUCCUUCAAUGACCAGAGCCUGCAGACCACGUUUGAGUACCCUUCAGAGAGUUCCCUGGUACAGGAUGAGGAGGAGGACGAAGAGGAAAAGGAGGAGGAGGAGGAGGAGGAGGAGGACGAGGCGGGGUACGGCCUGGAGGAGAAGCCCUUUGCACUCUUCCUGCCGCGGGCCACGCUUGUGAGCAGCGUGGUACCCGAGAGCCCACGGCUGCCAGAUGGUGGCUCAGGCCUGUCCAGCUACACUCCUAAGCACUGCGUGGCCUUCAGCAAAUGGCAGGAGCAGAUGCUGGAGCCCGUGGCUGUGCGUGAGGCAGGGCCACCACCACAGGAGGUCACGCUCACACCUGCCAGUCCCGACGACCUCUCUGACUUUCGCAGCGAGCCCGCCCUCUACUUCUGACGCCCGCAUGGGCACCGCCAGGAUGGCCAAGGCUGGGCCCUCGGUAGCACCCCGCCCCCACCCCCAUCGGCUUUCUC